GAAGGCGCCUGGAAACCGUUCUUCUUCUCCGUGGCCGGCCCGAGCGGGGAACAGCACUCCCAGGAUGCAGUUUGUGUCAACACGGCCGCAGCCUCAGCAGCUGGGCAUUCAGGGCCUGGGGUUGGACAGCGGGAGCUGGAGCUGGGCCCAGGCUCUGCCCCCGGAGGAGGUCUGCCACCAGGAGCCGGCGUUGCGCGGGGAAAUGGCCGAGGGAAUGCCGCCCAUGCAGGCUCAAGAAUGGGACAUGGACGCCCGGCGACCAAUGCCUUUUCAGUUCCCGCCCUUCCCAGACAGGGCGCCCGUCUUCCCUGACCGCGUAAUGAGAGAGCCCCAGCUGCCCACGGCGGAGAUCUCGCUCUGGACCGUGGUGGCCGCCAUCCAGGCGGUGGAGAGGAAGGUGGAUGCCCAGGCCAGCCAGCUGCUCAAUCUGGAGGGACGGACGGGGACGGCCGAGAAGAAGCUGGCCGACUGCGAGAAGACGGCCGUGGAGUUCGGGAACCACAUGGAGAGCAAGUGGGCCGUGCUGGGGACCCUGCUGCAGGAGUACGGGCUGCUGCAGAGGCGCCUGGAGAACAUGGAGAACCUGCUGCGGAACCGGAACUUCUGGGUCCUGCGCCUGCCCCCGGGCAGCAAGGGGGAGGUCCCCAAGGUUCCGGUGACUUUUGUCGACAUCGCCGUUUACUUCUCUGAGGACGAGUGGAAGAACUUGGACGAAUGGCAGAAGGAGCUUUACAACAACCUCGUGAAGGAGAACUACAAGACCCUCAUGUCCCUGGAUUCAGAGGGUCCAGGGCCCAAGCCCGAGGCCCCGUCCCAGGCUGAGCCCAGGGAAGAGCCCUGCGUGUGGGAGCAGCGUGACCCAGAAGAGAGAGAAAUCCUGAUGGAUCCAGACACAGGAGCAGAGCCCCUGGUGCCCGCCCAGGACGCAUCCUCGCAGGUGAAGCGGGAGGAAGCCCUGUGUGUCCGCGGUCAGCGGGGCCUGGAGGAGAGAGCCGUCCCCGCGGAGGCCAUUACCGACUCGCCAGCCUCCGCCCAGGACCUCCUGUCCCGGAUCAAGCAGGAGGAGCACACGUGUGUGUGGGAUCAGCAGGACCUGGCCGAGAGGGAUAUCCCGACGGACCCCAGUUCAGAGUCUCUGAUCUCAGCACAUGACAUCUUGUCGUGGAUCAAGCAGGAGGAGCAGCCGUACCCGUGGGGCCCACGCGACUCCAUGGAAGGAGAGCUCGGAUUAGACUCUGGCCCCAGUGACAGCCUGUUGCUGGUGAAGAACCCGGCCCCGGCCCCGCCGCCGCAGCCCGCCCCGCCGAGCCUGCCCGCCGCCCCGGCGCCCGAGAGCACGGGCGGGCCCCCAAGCCGGGGCGCGGCCGGGCUGCUGGACGACGGCUUCCCGGCGGCGCUGGCCGGGGAGCGCGGCGCAGCGAACAGCGGGGCGCAGGCGGGCGGCGGGGGCGCAGGCGGGGGCCCGGAGGGGGGCGGGGGCUGCGGCAGCUGCUGCCCGGGGGGCGGGCUGCGGCGGGGCCUCCUGCACGGCGCGCGCAGCAAGCCCUACUCUUGCCCCGAGUGCGGCAAGUGCUUCGGCGUGCGCAAGAGCCUCAUCAUCCACCACCGCAGCCACACCAAGGAGCGGCCCUACGAGUGCGCCGAGUGCGAGAAGAGCUUCAACUGCCACUCGGGCCUCAUCCGGCACCAGAUGACGCACCGCGGCGAGCGGCCCUACAAGUGCUCCGAGUGCGAGAAGACCUACAGCCGCAAGGAGCACCUGCAGAACCACCAGCGGCUGCACACGGGCGAGCGGCCCUUCCAGUGCGCACUGUGCGGCAAGAGCUUCAUCCGCAAGCAGAACCUGCUGAAGCACCAGCGCAUCCACACGGGCGAGCGGCCCUACACGUGCGGCGAGUGCGGCAAGAGCUUCCGCUACAAGGAGUCGCUCAAGGACCACCUGCGCGUGCACAGCGGAGGCCCGGGCCUCGGGGCCCCGCGGCCCCUGCAGGCGCCGCCUGAGCGAGACUAGGGCUGGGCUGGGGGAGGGAGGGCCCUGCGGCAGGAGCGGGGGUGCGGCGGGCCUGGGGGCGGCCUGACGACCCUCGAUCCUGCCCUGGCUCCCGGGGCGCCUUCCCUCCCUCCGCCCGCCACCUGCUGGAAAUCGGGAAUAGGAAUUGCACUCUAAACAGGGUCCCCGGUGGUUGGUUGGGCAGGGGUCCCCCAGACCUGGACGGACAGCCCAGCUCACCUCAUCGAGUGGACCAAGGGGCCGGCUGAGCGGCUUCCCGCAGGGAGGGGGCCAGAGGACAGUAAGGAGAGGCUUUGGGCACCCCCCUCAGACACCUGGAGUGCCCAUUGGGCCACCAGGGUCACAGAUUGUGAUCGAGGGAAGCAACCGGGGAUUCUCGGGAGCCUGAGAUCAGGCAGCCAGGUCCUAAGGUCGAGAGGCGGCUAAAGGAACAAAGGCAUGACCGCGCAGAGGGAUGCGCUAAGUAAGGGAUACCACCUCUACGGCGACAACACUGCCUCGCGUUUCAAUAGC